GAUUAUCUAAUCCGGCAUCGGGACGUCUUAAUGUUACCUAGUAGGUAGUAGGUGAAGUGGGAUCUGGAAGUUGUCCCGCGUUUCAAUGCAUACAUACCCUUGCCGGUAAUUGUAAAAGUCGCCGUUGUAAGCAAACACAAUCAUCUCAAGCAAAAUUUAUUCAGAAUGUCUCUACUAGAAAGGCAUCUAGAACAAAUUGCUCUUUCUGCAGAUUCAAUAGCUUCAUUACCGUGAGUAAAAUUGACCCCUCCCUCAAAGCAAUUGACUAACCUCAUCACCCCAGCUUUCCCCCUCCUCAAAUCUUUACAAAUGCUCUCCUCUCCAAUCAAGACAUCACCGCUCUAAUCCGCGACACUGAACCCCACGAACGUGCUCUCUUUUCUGUGCCUCCACCCCCACCACCUCCAACUCAAAUAGCUCCCGAACCAAAAUCUUCUUCUUCCCGCCGUCAAACUGUUUUCAACGUAACAUCUGGCGAAGUAGCUCCUGCAUCAGGUCCUAAUGGACGAGCCCCGCGCCGCAAUACUGCUGUUGCUGCCGUACUUGGCGCAGAAUUACAUUCUCAAGUGCGCAAAACGGAAAGCGGAAGGGGAGAAAUUGAUAUAGAGGUUUUGUUGAAGGGGGCGGAGAAAUUAAAUAGUGUAUAUCCGGUACAAGGGGUUCCGGAGAGGAUAAGAGCGUUGAGGAGUAGAUAUGCACAGUUGAGGGAGAGUGUGAAAAGACAUGAACAGAAAGUGCAGAAACAAACAAGGGAGUUGGAGAGGAUGAAUAGAGGAGAUGAGUUGGAGAGUGGUGGGGAGGAGAAUCAGCAGGAGAAUGAGGAGCCGUCUGAAAUUGAGAUUACGGAUGAGGAUUUGAGGAGGGAGGAGAGGGAGAUUAGAGAGUUGGAGAGGAAGAAGAGAGCCUUAGAGGAGAGGGUAACUGGGAUGGAAAGAGAUCUGGGAGGCUUACUGAGAUGAGUUCUCAAUGACUGACCCUGAGCAUGGCGGGAUGAGUAUGUGCAUUUCGAUUUUACGAUUUAUGAGGCUGCAUAGUUUUUGAUACCCGGAUUAUGGAGUUGUUGCUAUGUUCUGUCAUAACUGUGAUACUCUUUGAAACUUCAUGCGUGUUUGCUUGUUUUAGCGCAACAGAUCCUCCGUUGGCC